AUGGCAAGCACGAGUUGGGCUGGCAAUAUGCACGCGAGCAUGUUGACAAGAUUGUCAGAUAAGCUGAGCAGAUUCGCCUGCGGAUUCUCGCCAUCGGCGAUAAUGGCGCCGCCGCACCACGACGUUGAGCUUGCAGAGGCUUGUAGGUUUUCCGACUAUGCUGGCUUCAGCUCUGCCCUCCUGAUGCUCUCUCCCAAUAGGGACAACGAGAACGAAUCAUUAUCAUCGUCAUCGUACGCGUCAUCAAGCUCACGUAUCACCGCCGCCGCCGAGGCGCUGCAGGAUCCACCGGCGGAGGACAAGGAGACGACCCUCCCGUGCGUCGCGUUCCCGUCGCAGCACGGGUACAUGGUCUUCUCCCUCGCCGAGGACCGCUUGCGCGACGGCGUCCGGCUGCGCCCGGUCACUGGGCGCCGGAUCGUGCCGUCCCCGUACGGAGGGGCUCUGCUCGCCACGGACCUGACGUCUUUCAGGCACCCGUCCCGCCUCGUCGAUCCGUUCACCGGCGAGUCCAGGCCGCUCCCGGACCUGCCCGUCCCACUCUGGUACAAGGAGCCAUCGUCGGUGUGCGAGCCCGAGGCGCCGCGCGUGCAGGGCCGCCGCCGCGCGGUGCCGCCCACGGACGACGGCUUCGCGUGGGACCGGUCGCCGCGCGGCGUCAUGAUCGCGCGGGGCGACACGCGCACUCUGGUCACCACGGUCAUUGACGCGAGGACCCUCGACAAGGUCGCGGAUAUCUGGCCGCCGCGUGGCGACUACGACGACGCCGUCGACUGCGUCCACCUGGUCGCCUCCACAGACGACGUCUUCUUGCUUGUCCACCGCGCAAGGGACAUGUAUUGUGAGCUGUUCUCCGAGGUGUACCGGGCCAGGCACAAGAAACCAACGCCGGAGUGGUCCAAGGUGACCGACAUCGGCGACCGCGCGCUGUUCGUUGACAGGCUCCAUGGCUUCUCGGUGGGCGUAGGCGGUGAGGACACCGCCGCCGGGAUAAAGAGGAACUGCGUGUACACGAUCAGUGCUACACCGGUGGAAGACCCGCAAGGGCGCCGCGUUGUCGUGUACAACGUCGAAGAGUUUCACUUGGAUAGGCCGGAAGUGGGAGGGACGCUGGAGUGUCGGCUCGGAGGCAGCCAAGUUGAGCAGAUGUGGGGAGAGCCAUAUUGGAUGAUCCCAAUGAGCAGAGAGGAUCCGCAGGAGGUUAAUUCCAUUGUUACUGGCACUUAG